CCUAAUUGCCAAUCACUUCCUCGCGGCUAGCACAAACCUCAUUCGUCGAAGCGCUGAGCUAUAAAACCCUGUAGGCUCACCACCCGCCCGGCCUGAUUGCAGCCUUGCAGGUCAGCCGCCGCCGCCGCAGCAGUCCGUCCGUCCCAUUGCAGCUGACUCGAAGAUAGGCCAUGGGGAAAGUGAAAGGUAAGCAUCGUUUAGACAAGUAUUACCACUUAGCCAAAGAACACGGUUACCGUUCUCGAGCCGCAUGGAAACUCGUCCAGCUCGAGUCCAAGUACAACUUCCUUCGAUCGGCUCAAUCCGUGCUGGACCUCUGCGCUGCCCCCGGUGGAUGGAUGCAAGUUGCGGUAGAACGAGUUCCCGUAGGCAGUCUCGUCAUUGGCGUCGACCUAGAUCCUAUUAGACCUAUCCGGGGAGCCAUCGCAGUCCAGGAAGAUAUCACUACUCCUAAGUGCAAAUCAAUCAUUAAGAAGCUCAUGGCUGAGAAUGGACGCAGAACCUUUGAUUUGGUUCUUCACGACGGUUCGCCCAACGUUGGUGGCGCCUGGGCGAAGGAGGCUACCAGUCAAAAUGCUUUGGUCAUCGAUUCCGUUAAGCUCGCCUCAGAAUUCCUGUCUCCAAAAGGGACUUUUGUCACAAAGAUUUUCAGGUCCCAAGACUACAAUGCUGUCCUUUACUGUUUGCGACAGCUUUUUGAGAAGGUUGAAGUUGACAAACCUUUGGCUAGUCGUUCUGCAUCUGCAGAAAUUUACAUUAUUGGUUUGAAGUAUAAGGCUCCUGCAAAGAUUGAUCCUCGCCUCCUUGAUAUAAAGCACCUCUUUGAUGGAGGCAAAGACCCCCCAAAGGUGGUUGACGUCCUCAGAUCCACUAAGCAAAAGAGGCACCGAGAUGGUUAUGAAGACGGUGUUUCAAUUUUGAGGAAGGUGUGCUCUGCUGCAGAUUUUAUCUGGUCUGAGGCUCCUCUUGACCUCCUUGGAUCAGUUACAUCCAUAUCCUUUGAUGAUCCUGCUUGUUUAUCCAUAAAAGAGAAUGCUCUUACAACGGAGGAGGUUAAAGCACUAUGUGACGAUCUACGUAUUUUAGGAAAGCAAGACUUCAAGCAUAUUUUAAAAUGGCGUAUGCAUUUAAGAAAAGCACUAUCUCCAUCUGAAAAAAGUAUUAUCCCACCCACACCUGUUGAACCUGAGAGCAAGGAAGAUGAAGAUGAAAGAAUCCUUAAUGAAAUGGAGGAGCUGACAUAUGUGAUUGAGAGGAAGAAGAAAAAGGAAAAAAGACUUCAAGCAAAACGACUAGCUAAGGAGAAAGCUCGUAAGGCACUAGGCAUGCAAGUUGAUGCAACAGCAGAUGAAUAUGGAGAUCAGGAUCUGUUUUCUCUAUCUUCUAUCAGGGGAAAGAAAGCCCUAGUAGCCGUCGAUAAUGAAGAAUAUUAUGAACCUGGUGAUGGAAAUAGUGAAGAUAGUGAAAGUGAUAAGGAAGGCCAAGAAGAUGCAUCCAGCGAUUUAGACUCGGAAGAAGAGCGUAAACGAUAUGAUGAACAUGUUGAAGAACUGCUUGAUGAGGCAUACGAGAGAUAUGUUACUAGAGUGGAAGGGAAAACCAAACAAAGAAAGCGAUCCAAAAAAGCAUAUGAUGACGAGGAUGAACUUUUAGAGGGGGGAAAUGAGGACCCUGUGGUUAAUUCUGAUCGAGAAACAGAGAGUGAUCAGAGAGAUGAUGAAUCUAAUCCUCUAGUGGUCCCGCUUGAAGAUGAACCAACUCAAGAGGAGAUAGCAAAAAAGUGGUUCAUUCAAGAUGUUUUCACUGAACCAGACGAGCAGGACAUUCUGGACAAGUAUGACAGUGAAGAAGAUGAAAUGCAAGUAGACGAACCGGUUAAAAGUGCAAAAAAACCAUCAUCCCAAAAGGAAAAAGACGCGCCACCCGGGAAAAAGACCCAAAGUCCAGGCCAUCAAGUCGCCAUCCCGUCCAGUGAGGUAAUCGAUGACUUUGAGAUAGUCCCGGCCCCACAUACAGAUUCAAGCGGCUCAUCCUCAGAUGAAUCAGACGAAGAUGACAUUGACACUAAAGCUGAAAUUUUAGCGUAUGCAAAGAAGAUGCUUUCCAAAAAACAGCGUGAGCAUAUGCUUGAUGAUGCCUACAACAAAUACAUGUUCCACGAUGAUGGUCUGCCCAAGUGGUUUGCUGAUGAUGAACAGAAACAUUACCAGCCUAUUAAGCCCAUCACUAAAGAGGAAGUUGCUGCAAUGAAAGCCCAAUUCAGAGAAAUUGAUGCCCGGCCCGCUAAGAAGGUAGCUGAGGCGAAAGCCCGAAAGAAAAGGGCUGCACAUAGAAAACUUGAGAAGGUACGCAAGAAGGCUAACACUAUAUCUGACCAGGCUGACAUUAAUGAUAGUUCAAAGAGGAAAAUGAUUGACAAACUCUAUAAGAAGGCAGCUGCCCCAACAAGACCAGAAAGGGAGUAUGUAGUGGCAAAGAAGGGGGUUCAAGUUAGGCCCGGAAAAGGUAAGGUGCUCGUCGAUCGUCGCAUGAAAAAGGAUGCAAGAAAGACUGGGACGGGCAAGAAGAGUAGUAAGGGUAAAGGGAAGGGAAAACCAAAAGGAAAAGCGCCUCCUAUGAAGAAGUCCAAGGGUGGUAAGAGUCGCAAGGCAAGAUAAGUAGAUAACUCUUGCCCAAGUUAUGCUCUGUUUUUUUCCUUUCCAUAAAGGCCAAAUAUUAUUUAUACUUGAUUGAGAUGUGCGACUUAUUACCAUUGUUGCUUGGUAUAGCUAUAGACAAACCACUUUGUUGUUGUUUGUAGACUAGUGGUUGAUUUUGUUACAAAAUUUUCCAGCUGACAUUUAAAUUAUAUGCAUAAUAUUUAUGGUCAUUUCUCAUGUACUGUUUUUUCCGGCGUAUUAAUCUGAUUAUGUCCUGUGGAGUAUGUAGGCUAAGA